AUGCUGUCCAUUGUAUUUGGAGUGGAGCGCUUCGAGCAUUAUCUGUAUGGACGGCCAAUAAAAGUUGAAACGGAUCACAAACCUCUUGAAAGCAUUUUCAAGAAAAGCAUCAUUAGUGCCCCCAAGCGCCUACAAAGAAUGAUGGCAGAACGAGGGCAGAAGAGGAGUGCUAGUCGAGAUGAUGUAGGAGAUGUGAUGCUACUAGAAGAGAUGAGAGGUACGACUGAGCGAGAAGUAGAAAGUAUUGACAUGAUACAGUUUCUACCUGUCUCCGAAGCUACCCAAGCAUCACUACGACAAGCUACAGAGCAGGACACAGCUAUGAGAGAGCUGAAGUCUAUAAUCCGACAAGGCUGGCCAGAGGUGAAGGAUGACGUUCCUGUGAGCAUCAGAGAUUACUACUCUUUUAGAGAUGAGUUGUCACUACAAAACGGCCUGAUCUUCAAAGGAGAGAGGUUAGUGAUUCCCAACAGUUCCAGAGUAGAAAUGUUGGCUAAGAUACAUGCCAGUCACAUAGGGAUCCAGGGAUGUCUCCGUAGGGCUAGAGAAGUACUAUACUGGCCUGGAAUUAAUAAAGAAGUAGAAGAGUAUGUUGCCAAAUGUGAGAUUUGCAACAGUCACUUAUCAGAGCAAGGCGAUGAGCCGAUCAUAUGCCAUGAAAUUCCCAACCGCCCAUGGGAGAAAGUAGGCAUAGACCUGUUUGAACUGAAUGGGAAAGACUUUGUACUAACAGUUGAUUACUAUUCAGGCUUCUUUGAGGUUGACAGGUUGGAAGGCAAGACUGCGAAAGAAGUGAUGAGGAAGAUCAAACCACAUGUGGCCAGACAUGAGAUUCCAGACCAGAUUAUGAGUGACAAUGGCCCGCCAUUCGACUCGCAUGAGUUUAGACAGUUUACAAACAGUUAUUGA